UCAGUACUCGUUUAUCAUAACUUCGUUUUGAUAGAAACUGCAAAAAAAAACCUUAAAGAUGAAGUAUCUUGCUUUGAUAUUGUUGGCUGUUGCUACUUGUGCAUACGGACACGUACAUUUACGAGAACCUGUCGCUCGUACGUCAAUCCAAACACGGCCAGAGUUCAAUGCUCAACAACCUUUCUGGUGGGAUCAUUACGGAGUAAUGUGCGGUAAUGUUCAGCAGAAUACAGCCUUUUCCACUUGUGGACGCUGUGGUGAAGCUAAUAACGGAAGAGAAGCGAGCCAGGGUGGAAGAUACGACAAAGGAAUUAUUGUUGCUACAUACACCGCCGGAAGCAUUGUACAAAUGACCUUGCGCGUAGGUGCAGCUCAUUUCGGUGGAUUCACUAUUGAACUUUGUCCCGCUCAAACUGAAACUGAUAACUGCUUCCAAUUCCUUCGUAUUGUUUCGGCCGAUGACAACAGAAGAAUCAUACCAAAUGCUACCGGUGGCAACCGACUUUGCAUUCCUUAUGAGCAUGCUGUUAUUGGUGGCUCAUCUGGUAAUGAUGUUCACUUUAGAGUCCAAUUACCUGCUAAUGUCAGAUGUAAUCGAUGCACUAUUCGUAUGACGCACAGAACUUUCUAUCCAUGGUCGCAGGAAUGGGCUCAAGACAAUUGCUUCACUCCGCUCAAUACCCAAACUUUCAGAAACUGUGCAGAUGUCCGAAUCGUUUAAACAACAACAGCCCACAACACAAUGUAAAACCAACCUCAACCAUCACAGAUUUAUCGAUUCAUAUAAAGGUUUUAAUAAACUUUUUAUUUGCAAUUUGAAA